UUAAAAGAGCACACAGUUGAUCAGACCACAUACAGAUGCCGAUCAAAAAGGGGAAGAAGGGAAAAGGAAAAGUAAAGAAAGAUGGCAAGCAAGAGUCAAAAAGGGAUAAAGAGUCUGAUAUCGAGAGGGCUAAAGCAAACGCGGCUCUAUGGGAGGCCAGGUGUGAUAUGACAGAAACCUCACGCAUUGAGUAUCAUGAAACAGCGGGCAGACUGGCCAAAGCCAACGAACACCUCACUGAUCUACAGCACAAAACUGAGAAGAAAACCAUUGACAUCAUUGCUGUUCUGAGGGAAAAAGACGUCGAAAAUGAGGAGAAGAUUGCAGCACUGGAACAGAAAAUUAAGUUUGAGAAAACAAGAGCCUCUCAAGAGAAAGAGAAUUUAAUCACUGAUUUUACUCUGAAGAUUGGUAAACUGGAGGAGAAGUUUGAUAAGAGAUCUAGUGAGUUUAGAAUUAUUCAAGAGGAGCUCAGGAUCAUUAAUGACUUUCUAGAGAAGAAGCCACAAAUGGAACAAGAACUUAGAAAUAUGAAAGAAACUUUGGACAAUGCAGAUUUAGAUAAUCAGAAAACUCUUAAAAGAAUGGAGCAAAAGUUCCUCAAUGACAAGUUUCAUCUAGAGCAGGAAGCUGAACAAAACAUUGCUGUGCUUGCAGAGAAAGCUCACAAUGAGGCCAUUGUACAGCUGGAUGUUUCUUCUCGCUCUGUGUUCAAAGAGAAUGUGCGUUUAAACAAGGCACUGGGUAAUCACAUCAAAGAAGUCGAGGAUCUGCGGAAGAGAAAUGCAGCGCUGCCGGAGGAAAAUGACAACCUCACGCAGCGAAAGGAGACAAGCCAACUGAUAAUGAAUGACACAGUCUCUCAGAUUACAACCCAGCGAAGCCAGAUCACUGAGAUGAAGGUCAAGGUGUCCACACUGGAGCAGGCACUGGCCAGCACGGUAGCUGAGUUUGAAUGUGAGAAAGCAGGUGUCAAGCACCGUGCCAAGGUCAGAGCUCAGUCCAGCGGGGUAGAGCUGGAUAAACUUCAGAAGCUCCUGACCUUACGAGAGAGGGAGCUGAGCCGAGUGAAGAAGCUGGCCCGCAGUAUUGUGGAGCAGCGCACAGACACUGAGAUCCUGUUCCAUGAAGCUCUGAACCAAGUCAAGCAGGAGAUUCUAACACAAAGACUGGAGGGAGAGGCGACUCGUAGCAAGAGGAUGAAUGAGGUCCUGUCGGGUAGAAGGGAUUUCGCUCACACACAAAACAGUGUAUCCACUGACUCGCAGGAGGUUGAGAAAGAUAAUCUAAGGAAACACAGAACGGACAUAUCAGAGAUGAGAUGGGAACAAAGAGAAAGAGUUCUCAGACUGCUCUUUGCUAAAAUGAACAGCAGGAAAUCAAAGAAACCUAUUGAUGCUCAAGCUCUUACAGAUUCUGAGGGGAAUCAGUGUAGCAGUGAUCCAAGCAGUGAGGAAUCUAAUGUCACCUUUUUAACACAAGCAGAAGUUUUCAAUAUGAGCUCGACUGCAGAUUCCAGUGACAUAUAGACAUCAUUUGAAAUCAUUAAAAUUAAGUUCACUUACCUUAAUUGUAUGUGUGCGCGUGUUUGUGUGUAUAUUCUGGAUAUUGCAUGCUGCAACUAACCGUUUCUUAGAAUUAUGAAAGUAUUGAGGGUCACAGAUACAAAACAUUUGGUUUUAGAUUAAGCCAUGACUAUGCCUUAGUUAAAUUAGGACAUUUACUAGACUACAUGUAAGAGAAACUGUGUAAUGUAGCAUUAAGCAAAU